AUGGCAGCCGCGCCAGAUAUCGAUCCAUAUGAGGUGUUGGGGGUGGCAAGGGAUGCAGCCUUGUCGGAUAUCAAAUCUGCCCAUCGCAAGCUCGUGUUGAAAUGUCACCCCGAUAAGAUCAAAGAUGAGUCGCUGAGAAGUCAGGCUCAGGAUGAAUUUCAGAAGGUGCAGCAGGCCUACGAGACCCUUUCGGAUGAGACGAGAAGGGCCAAGUACGAUGCGAAGGCUCGGCUGGCUGAGCUACGUCGCCAAAUGCAUGAGCAAGGUCCACCUAUUCCGAUGACGAUCUCCAAUUCUCCGAAGAGUCGCGCUCAACCUCCCGGAAAUACGAUGAGUAUAAGAAACGAUACUCCUCCAAACCCCCGAGCGAGAAGAAGAAAAGCAAGAGCGAUGGCCCUAGUACUCGUGCGGCGAAGGAUAUGGCUCGCGACAAUUCGAGGACGACCCACAGCAGUCGUGCCAAAUAUCGUACCAGGGAACGACAACGGGAUGCCUACGAGUAAGUAUGAGCGGGCCGUUCCGUACAGCGACUCCGAAGACGAUGGCGGCGCAUCUGAUUCCAGCGCCUCGUCCACGGUUUACGUGAAGGUUAAGCGCCCCUCGGAAAGGCGCAACCGGGAGUCAUCUUCUCGCAAGUCCCGACCGGCUGACCUCCCGCGCCGCCAUACCUCGACCCGCUACGAAGACGAGUACACGGACGACUAUGAGUCGAAGCAUGACAAGCUACACCACACCGCCAAAGAUUACAUUAGGCGCUCCAAGGGAACCGUUCCGAUCGAAAUCGACAGACGUCCACAAGCGUCCCGCUCGCCCCCGCGCAAUCAUGGCUACGAAUCCGCUGAUCCGGAGUCUUCCUCGUCACGACACUCGGGCCGCACGAAACGACCGAGCAAGGAAAGUGUUCGUACAAGUAAUUCUCGCAAUGGAUCAUACGAGAAGCUUGAGGCCCAGGCCCGGUCCUACGACGUCAAGAUACCUAGCAUACCGACUACGGCAACUUCACCGUCAGUGAAGAUUCCUUCAUCGGUCCGGCCAUCCCUCCAGCCCUCACGCUCUGCGAGCGCUGCACAAUCCUAUUCCCGCGCCAGGGGAAUGAGUCGGGAAAAUCCACUGCAUAACAUGGUCCAUGAAGCGAGUCGGACAGCGAAACUGCGAACGGACAAGUACGAUUCCGGCUACUCGAGUCCAGGCACGCCAGAAAUGGCAGCCGGCGAGAGUCCGCCCAAGUCGACUCGCUACAAGAUUGUGACGGAACCGGACACCGUGCUUAGAGAACCCAGUAUACCACUACCCCAGAAGUCCCCAAGAUACGCAAGGGGGGGUUCACCGCCACAUCAAGAGCGCCCUAUGCCGAAGCCUCCCGUUCGGAGUAGCACCUACACCUACCCCACAGAACACAUGCGCUAUGAGUCCGCGGCUCGUCCCAGUAUGUCCCGGCAAUCCUCGAGCCGGCCUACGUAUGGUGAGAUCCGUUCGCCCAAGGACAAAGAGUACAGGUAUGCGCGAGAGGUGGGGCCAGAUUACAUCCCAUCCCGCGAUGCUUACAUGCGACAGCCAUACGGGGAGUACCCGGUUCCGCCCCCCGAACGGCGGCAAUCCACAUAUGCUGGAUGA